ACCCGUACUGUAAUUUAUGGGCUUUGAGAUGGACAGCCCAGUUCUUCUUAAUUGCAGCAGAGUUAGCUAAUUGAUUCUGUGUGUAACUGUGUGCACAGGCUCCAGCACUCUGCAACUGUUUAUCCUCUUCCUCACCCACAACCCAAGUGUAUCAAAACUACCAUAUUGUCACUAGGCUUCUUGGAGUUGGGAGGUGAUGGGUCCCCUUACAUUAUCUGUUGAUAUGAAAAGCUCUUCUUCAGAUGCAUCCAGUAGGAAAUUGCAGAGCCUGCAGUUGCAAAAGAAGAACUUUUUUGCAUCAGUGAGCACAGGAGAGGAAAAGCCAUUUGAUUUUCUUCGAACUCUAUUUGAGGGUUUCAUAGCAGGAGGCACAGCUGGAGUAGUUGUUGAGACAGCUCUAUAUCCGAUUGAUACAAUAAAGACGCGAUUACAGGCAAUCCGUGGUGGAGGUCAGAUAAUCCUCAAGGGGCUAUAUUCUGGGCUAGCUGGAAAUCUUGCUGGCGUCCUACCGGCUUCUGCAUUGUUCAUUGGUGUCUAUGAACCUGCAAAGAAGAAGCUGUUGGAGAUGUUUCCUGAAGAUCUUAGCGCUCUUGCUCAUCUGAGCGCAGGUGCUUGUGGUGGGCUUGCUGCUUCUCUCAUCCGUGUUCCCACUGAGGUUGUUAAGCAAAGGAUGCAGACCGGGCAAUUUGCUUCAGCCCCUAAUGCUGUACGCAUUAUUCUUUCCAGUGAGGGUUUCAAAGGGUUAUAUGCGGGCUAUGGAUCUUUUUUGCUGCGUGAUUUGCCAUUCGAUGCAAUGCAAUUUUGCAUCUAUGAGCAACUUCGAAUGGGGUAUAAACUGGCGGCGAAGAGAGAACUAAAUGAUCCUGAAAAUGCUAUAAUUGGUGCUUUUGCUGGUGCAGUUACUGGAGCUAUAACUACACCACUUGAUGUGAUAAAAACAAGGUUAAUGAUACAGGGAUCAGGAAACCAGUACAAAGGAAUAGUUGAUUGCGUUCAAACUAUAAUCAGAGAGGAAGGUCCUCCUGCCCUCAUAAAGGGCAUUGGGCCAAGAGUGCUGUGGAUAGGUAUUGGGGGAUCAAUAUUCUUUGGUGUUCUAGAGAGUACAAAGAGGUUGCUGGCAGAGAGGCACUCGACACAUCAAAACUUAGACUCAAAGAAAGAUUAGGUGGAGAGCUUCAUUCUGCAUACAAAUUAGGUUUCUUGUACAAUAUUAAAUUUUGUAGCAUUAUAAUUCCUGGAUAUCAUUUUUGUAUAGGAGAUGGGAGUUUCAACAAUGGAAAGAAAAAACUUCAGAUACCCCUGGAAAGUUUGUUUAGUCACUGUAGUGUAUAAUGGGCAUGGUUUUCCCCUCCAUUUUUUGAAUAAGUACUUGUGUUUAACA